AUGCCGGAGAUCGUGGAUGACAAGUCCCAGCACUGUAUCCCCUUCCUACUAUCCCGCCUCCAAGCCCACGCCGAGCGCCAUGGUACCGCUGCCGAUGCCGAUGCCGCCGACCGGACCCCGCCAUUCUUCCUGGGCCUGAAUGGGGUCCAGGGCGCCGGCAAGACCGUGCUGGUAUCCACCCUCUACAACACCCUCCGCUCUCCGCCCUACUCUCUCUCCGUGGUCACCUUCUCCCUCGAUGACCUCUACCUCACGCAUGCCGACCAGGUGUCUCUGGCGCAGGCCCAUCCCUCCAACCCGCUCCUCCAGCACCGCGGCCAGCCAUCGACGCAUGAUCUAGAGCUCGGCGAGCAGGUCUUUGCCUCUCUAGCUGCGGAGCGUCCGACUGCCAUCCCGCAGUAUGACAAGUCUGCAUUCCAGGGACAGGGGGAUCGCGUCCCACGCGAACAAUGGGAGGUUGUCAAUGGAGAGGGGGAACCUAAGGUGAAAGUGGUGAUCUUUGAGGGAUGGUGCGUCGGGUUCCGCGCGUGGGAUGAGCGGACUCUGCGCGAAAAGUGGGAGGAUGCCGUGCGCCAGAAAGAGGCUGGUGGGUAUCGGGGACGCUUGGGAUAUGUCGAGUUUGAGCAUGUGCGGGCUGUUAAUGAAGCAUUGAAGCGGUACGAUGUGCUGACGGACAAGCUCGAUGCCUUGAUCCAUAUCGACGCCCAAGAUAACCACUUCGUCUACGACUGGCGCCAGGAACAAGAACGAACCCUCCGCACCGCCAAGGGCACAGGAAUGACCGAGGAACAAGUAAACCACUUCGUCGAUGGCUAUUACCCCUCCUACGAGCUCUUCACCGAAACCCUUCGCGAAGGCGCCUUCAAGCCCGCGUCGUAUAACAGAGGCUGCGCCGCUGCAGCGACGACACAGUCGGAUUGGCAGGGCAGACAGCUUCGGUUGGUCGUGGAUCGCAAUCGGAGGGUACAGGACGUCAUCCGGAUUUGA